ACUACAAACCAGAGGGAGGGGUAGAGGAGGGAGGCUGUGACUGUGGAUGUAAACACUGGUGGCAGUGAACGAGUGGUGGUGGUGGUAGUGACUAAAAAGUGACUGACCAGUCACGACUGUUUUAGCCUUGACUGACGCAAGUUUACGGCGAUUAGAUCUUGAUAGAAGAAUCUACGUCGAUGAAGCUUCGCGACAAAGAUUCCACUUACCUCACGAGUUACCUGUCUGAGAAAUAUCAUCAGAGAGCUUUCAUGUUUGCGGACUAAAACCCAUCCCAAUCUGGACACAGAGGCCGUGUAGGCUGCAUGACAAGCAACAACCUUCUGUCAUGUCGAAGGCCUACUUGAAAGAUAGCAAUGAGCCAGAGGCCAGCACCAGCUCUGAGAAGUCAGACUCGAAAGAGUCAAAGGGUGGUGCCAGCGCCGAGGCUAAAGCUGCCAUUGCAGAUUUUCUUUUGCAUUCGGCAGACUCGGAGGAUAAACAAAUCACUGUGCCCGACUUUCUCAAUGCUAAAUGGGACCCUGAUGACAUUGGGGAUGGAGAGUUCAAUAACCCUCCAUCUCCUGCUUGUAUUCGACGCAUCAAAAAUGAUAUCACAGCUCUGUAUAGUGACCCACCUCCUGGACUGUGCGUCAUUCCAGACCCAAUGAACAUCACCAAGAUCCACGCACUCCUCACUGGUCCGUUUGACACGCCGUACGAGGGAGGAUUCUUCUAUUUCUUCAUCCGCUUCCCCUCAGACUACCCCAUCAGCCCGCCCCGAGUCCGCCUCAUGACUACAGGUGGGGGCACCGUGAGGUUCAAUCCAAACCUCUACCGCAACGGCAAAGUUUGCCUCAGUAUUUUGGGGACGUGGGCUGGACCGUCAUGGAGUCCCGCCCAAACUCUGUCCUCCGUCCUUAUCUCCAUCCAGUCUCUGAUGAAUGAGAAGCCUUAUCACAACGAGCCGGGAUUUGAACAUGAGCGAACCUCUGGCGACUCUAAACAUUACAACGACAUCAUCCAGCACGAGACAGUGCGUGUGGCUGUGUGCGACAUGAUGGACGGGCUCUGCAGCAUGCCAGACAGUCUGAGGGCUGUGAUGGAGUCCUCCUUCCCCGACUACUACAAAUACUAUGUAGAAGUGUGUGAGAACCACAUACAUCUGGACAGUAUGGACAUGAAUGAUCCAUUCGGCGACUCUCGCCCCAAGUUCAAGUUCAAGCAGCUGCUCAAGCGACUCAAGUGCAUCCAGAACCGCAUGGACAACAAGCCCGAAGACAGCGACGAGGACGAGGACGACAACUCAGCCCAGGAGGGCGAGGAGACGACCCCGCCCCGCAGGACGCAGCCGCCCAUCGAAGAGGACAAGAGUUGACGCCAGGCCCAGCCCCACCGCCACCACCCCACCGGUCCCUCUGUGGAGUCCACUUCCGUGUCUGGCUGUGCUGCCUGCAAGUGCAGCUGUGUCGUUUUGUGACGUUCAGUUUUUUCCCUUCAGUUUUUAUGUGUAGAUUUUCAUUUGUUUGGUUGUUUUGAAGUUGUUUUUUGGCAGGCACUCAAAUGGAAUAGCUUGGAAGAAAGUUUAUAGUCAAGAUUUAGAGUUAAUUUUUUCUUCUUUAUGGACCAAAUCAGUGAUUCUGUGUACAAAUCAAUUUUAAUUUCCAUUUUCACAAAAUCGUGGAUUUUCUUUUGUGCAUAAAUUUUUCAAGUGGCUGAUUUUUUGCAGCGUCCUUUACAUCUCUUGUACAGUAUAAUUGUCUCUACAGAUUUCCACUGGCUUCAGCCUGAUGAGUUUAGUAGACAAAUGCUUCUUUUGUGUCAGAUUCUAGUCUCAUUAGUUAGUCUCUGUUAUUUAAAUAUGACUGUAGAGGUCAAUGUUUCCACUGUAAUGGGCGUUUAGAGAGGCUUGCAUAUAAUGCUAAUUAGUGUUUUAAUCCUCCCCCUUUCCCUUUACUUUCCUAGUUGCUUAGGUAGUCUUAAGAAUUUGUCCUGUAUGGCUGUGUAACAUUUGUCCUGUGAUCUGUUCAAGUAAAUAAAUCAGGGGGGGGGGGGAGGGGGAUCCUUAAAAGUUAGGCUAUGUUUACAUGCUGAUAGCUUAUUUUUUGUGAUCCGACUACUUUUUAAGUAAAUUGCUUUUUGUAUACAAUCAGGCAGAAAUAUCCAAAUUGGUACCAAAACAUUUUCAGAGCUACCGUAGCAGUUUAUCAUUGUUGUUGCUGCUCGGACGCGUUAAUCAACCACAUUUUGUCUUGGUCUCAUACAGUAAUGAUGUGAACAAAUUUGUCUCUUUGUGUGUGGUUGUACAAAUGCCUGCUCAGCUCUUUCUUGACACGCUAGGGAUGCAGACCUGCCAAGCACUUGAUCAUAUCGGAGCUCUCUGAUUUUUUAAUAUAUUUUUCUUUUGCCUACCGAUCGGAUUUUUUAAAAGUCUAAUAAUUUUUUUUCUUUAUAAUUCCAUGUCCAAUAUGGCAUGGAAAGAGACAAUAUAUUUGCGCCUAUUUACCAUAUUCGCGCAGCUUGUCGUAAAUUGCCUCGAAAUUCACAUUUUUAUUUGCGUGUUCAUCUAUUUGCAAAACACAUUUAUUCGCCACGCUCACUUUAUGUAAUCCUGAUCUACUGGGGUGUGGAGGCUCCAGUUUUUCCCCCCAAACUCUUAAAGAAAUGUUGAAAGGAAAGCUCAUUUUCGGUCAUGCAGUGAUUGGCAGGUCUGAGGAUGCUGUCAGCUACAUUUUCUUUAUGGCAAUGAACUUUGCCUUGCAUGUUCUGAGAUGGAAGUACGGAAAAAAAAUGUCUAGAAGUUCUGUUUUUGAGAACUGCCUCUGUAAUUCACAUGGCAAUAAGGUUCCUCUUCCAGGCAGUUGGAACAGGGUGCUCGAAAAUCGCAGUUCUUUUCUGUUCUUUUGCUGAGCCUGUUUUUAUCAUCCUCGUCUGAUGACAGGCACUUCAUUAAUGUCUCCCUUCAAUUCAUAUCUAUUAUUUGUCGUUGUGUCAGCUUAUGCUUCUUUUCAAACGAGCAGUUGGUAUAUUUGCUUUGGUGUGAUCUGCUCCCUCUGUUCCUUUUCAAUGUUGUAAUGGUCUUACUCUGCUCUUUGGUAAAAUGUGAUUGUCAUAUUGCUAACUUGCUGGAGAAAGUCCACUGCAACUACUUGUGCUUUGAGUCUGUCUCUACCUUCUUCAUGCUUUUAUUGUCGCUCUUUUAUUGUGCCAAAACUCCCUUGACUGCACAACAUUCCUUACUACAUAGGACAAGCACUUUUCUUAGGAACGUCUCAAUUAAGCUUACAGAGGGUUUUUUCAACAAUAUGAAGGCUCAGAAAACCUUAGAAACAAGAUCUUAGAUGUCUUUUGAUCAGUCAGGUUUUGUGUGGCAAAUUUUCAUAGUAAAAAUUCCUUACAUUUCUGACUUGACCUGACUUGACUGUAGACAGCUGAGUCUUUCUCUGAGACUACUGUACUUCUUCUUUCUGCAUCCGAGCGCUUCAACCAUGGAAAUUUCGGGAAUGCCAAAAGCAUCAAUUUUCAUGACUUGUGACUUUAUUUUUAGUGCAAUAAAAGUUUGUGUCCUCAGUGUUUGUGCACCUCGGCUUUGCUAACAGCCCCAAAGUUUUUUGUCUGCCCUCCCCACUCCCGUGGUACCGUUCCUAUUUUUGUUCCCUUUUGGUCUUUUAAAGUGGCUGGUGGGUGCUGUGAUGCCAUCUAAUACGAAUGACAUCUCUUCAGUGUUGCUAAUGUUCUACAUUCUUCCUGGCAAGAUGUGGCAGUUUUCAUGCCUGGUACUACUUCUGCUCCAUGACAUGUUUAUACGAUGGAGCUCCACAGUGAGUUAAUGUUUUUUUAUGACCUUGAUGCGCCUAGAGCUAACCUGUUGUGAGUUGAUGGGGUUUUUUUUAAUGAACAUGAUGCACUUACAGCUCUGCAGUGAGUGAAUGUUUUCUUGAAUUUCAAUUCACCAGGGGCUCUGCAGUGACUUGCUGUUUACUCGAUGAACUUUGCUUCGCAUAGCUCUACGUAGUGAGUUGAUGUUUUGAGAACUUAAAUUUGAUUCAUCUGGAGCUCCAUUGUGAGUUGAUAUAUUUCUUGAUGAAUUUGAUUAGCCAGUCAGCCAAGCCAAUCUUGCUGACACAUCGUGGUUGGUUACUUUAAAUAUGCUUUUGUAUAAUUGGUGUGUUUGUGUGUGUGAAACAGGUUGAAGGGCUAAAACUCAGAUUGCCACUGGAUUGGAAAAGUGUGUGGUUGUGCUAACUCCAUCUUGGAGAUAGAAGGUCUACCAUGUUUGUGCUCAGUUUGAAAGGAACAAAGAGGAGAUGACUUUAUCGGCACUAAAUUUAUACUCUUUCAGUGCUGAAUCUUGUGUCAGCAAAUUUUGCGGCACUUUUGCAUGCCAAGCACAUGAUUCAGUUCAAGUGUGGAAAAGUCAUAUCAAGCACAGUCAAAAUUGUUCAAGACAGCCACCUGUUAUCGAGGGUUUUAAAAAAUGGUUGUGUUAGACAACUGAACUUUGUGGACAGUGUUAUGAUGAUACUAAGAAAAUACAAGGGGGGGGGGAAGCAGCAAGUGAUCAUUUGUACAAGUGAUUGUCUUGGACAGAUGACCAUCAUAGCAGGUUUGACAGUUAUAGUUAUGCGAGAGUGAUUGCCUUCUCUUUUGUUAUUUCCUUUCUUUUGUCACAGAAAAGUCAUCUGUUUACAGUUUUGUGCUUAUCUUGGAUGUUUGUACAAUAGUUGGAGUGCUUAACACUUGUGUUUUAUAGCAUGUAAGUGAGAGUAUUUGAAUAUAGUUAACAGGACCAAGUGUAUGCGCCGCACACAUAUCAAAGUUCAAGGGCCAUAAAUAUUUUUGUAUUGUGGCCCAUAUCUCAGCCGCAAAAAAGAUCUUCACAUCUUUUUUUUUCCGCGGCACAAAAUGACCAUCCUUGUGUUGAUGUGCUUCUAUUUAACUCAAACUUGAAGACUAGAUUCUACCUACUUACUCCGUGUCCUGUCCCCAUGCAUACAAAAAAGUUUUUCUCUCUUCUUUUUUUUUUCGGAUGUCAACGAUUUGAUAAAAAGCUGCUGGAGUUGUAUGUAGAAAGUCUGCUUUGUAGCUUUUACCGAAAGUGUCGUUUUGUGUGGAGUACGGUUUGCUCCUUCUUUCCUUACUAAACAUUUAUCAUCCUUUUCUUUCCUUCUUGUCUCCAUGUGUUACUCUCUAGGAACACGUCUAAUCUUAGUCACUUGUAUGACCCUUUUUUUGUUGCAUGUAAAAGGUAAAGCUCUAACUAAAACUGAACUUUCUCUUCUUGUGGCUGGCUUUUGUGUUGUUUCUUUUGCUUGUUGUAGCUUUGCUUGAUAAUGUGUAGUCUUUGUGAAUGCAAACAGUCAUUAAAACUGUGGAUAGUUGACAGAUGCUCUGGUGUUAUUAGCUUUGUCUUUUCUACAAACCUUCAUCAUCCUUAUCUCCCCUUUUCUAGGUAUGUUACUCUCUUCUAACACCUCUAAUCUUUUGCACUUAUGUGACCUAUUUGUGUUGAAAGGGUCAUGAAACUCUUAACACUCAUUUAAAAAAAAAAAAAACAGUUUGUAGACCAAACAUGUCUGUGUUGUAUCGUAGCAGUUUGGUGCUUUACCAUCACACGUAAUAGAGGUGAGUUCAACUCUCAUGUGGGAAGAAUUUUUAUCUAGUACCUCCAUCUGUCUGCUGGAGCAUCUUAUCCCUUUCAGACUGUGUUGGCCCUGGCAGACAGCCUGUCUCCUAAAUGAAAUUAACAGUACGGAAGGAGACCUAAAACUUCUAUGAUUAAUGACCUAGUUCUUUUUAACAUCGCAUGUUAUCCCUUGAUCUUGCUAAAGUAAUGGUCUGUCUUGUAUCUUUUUCUGCCACUGUCUCUCAAAGUUAAGUAAUGAUUUGCCUGUGGCAUUAAAUGUUGUUUGUUUUUAUUUUUGUAUUCAGCAAGUGAAAAAUGAGUAUUGUUCAAGGCUCUGUUAUUUUCUGUAUUAAAUUUUCAUUCUUUCUUGUCCUGCAUAUAAAUUUUUGUAAUAGAUAUAAUGUGCAUUUUUCUGUUUCUUCUUUUUUGCUGAUUGAAGUUAGUGAAUUGUGCAGUAUUCAGCACAAUGAAUUUCACUGUGAGAUUCCUUAUUUCUUGGCACUGUUUAAGCCUUAAUUUUUUUUUUCAAUCAUGCACAUCGGAGAGUCUUAGAAGAGGGUUUGGGUGAUUGUUCUGUGGACUAUUAAGGACGGAGAGAUUAGUUCAUCAUCCUGUGUGCUGUGAUGUUAUAUCCCACCCAGCCCAGCCCGGGUUGGCCUUGGCCUUGACAGGCAGGGCCAAACACAGCCUGCCUCCUAAAUUGUCCAAAUUAGGUCAAUGAGAACAUAAACAUUUACAAUCAAUUUGUCGGAUUAGCAUGAGACUGGCAGUUCUUGGUGCCAAGUUUCUGCAUGUUCGACUCUACCAAAAGCUGACAAAAUGCUUUUUAAAAUAUUUACAACAACAGUUUAGAAAUAAACAAACUUUUUUUUGUUAGCAUAACCAUUUAAAAAAGACAUUUUUCCAAAAUUUGUAUUCUAGUACUAGUCACAGUUUCACUUUGAUUUUUUUCACACAAGUGGGGUAUCGGGCUUUCGAUAUCGCAAAUAAAAAAAUGUGGGGCCAAAAAUGAAAAAAGGCAUUUUGUCAGCUUAAGGCAGUAUUGUUGUCUUUGUGUUAGCAGCAUUCUGAUCGGACAGCCUUAAUUCAACUUUGUGUGGAUGUCUUUAUAUUUUAUGCUGUGGUUCUCAAAUGGUAAUGUUUUGUAAGUGCAUGAUUCCUAAGUGGUCCAUGGUUUUUUUGGGUAAAUGAAUUGUUCUCAAAUGGUUCUGUUUUGUAAGUGUAUGGUUCUUAAAUUGUUAUUAUUUUUUUAAGUGUAUGGUUCUCAGAUGGUUCUGUUUUGUAAGUUUUUGUCUAGUUCUCAAAUGGUUCUGUUUUGUAAGUAUUUGUCUAGUUCUCAAAUGGUUUUGUUUUGUAAGUAUUUGUCUAGUUCUCAAAUGGUUCUGUUUUGUAAGUAUCUGUCUAGUUCUCAAAUGGUUCUGUUUUGUAAGUAUUUGUCUAGUUCUCAAAUGGUUCUGUUUUGUAAGUAUUUGUCUAGUUCUCAAAUGGUUCUGUUUUGUAAGUAUUUGUCUAGUUCUCAAAUGGUUCUGUUUUGUAAGUAUUUGUCUAGUUCUCAAAUGGUUCUGUUUUGUAAGUAUCUGUCUAGUUCUCAAGUGGUUCUGUUUUGUAAGUAUCUGUCUAGUUCUCAAAUGGUUCUGUUUUGUAAGUAUCUGUCUAGUUCUCAAAUGGUUCUGUUUUGUAAGUAUCUGUCUAGUUCUCAAAUGGUUCUGUUUUGUAAGUAUCUGUCUAGUUCUCAAAUGGUUCUGUUUUGUAAGUAUUUGUCUAGUUCUCAAAUGGUUCUGUUUUGUAAGUAUUUGUCUAGUUCUCAAGUGGUUCUGUUUUGUAAGUAUUUGUCUAGUUCUCAAGUGGUUCUGUUUUGUAAGUAUUUGUCUAGUUCUCAAGUGGUUCUGUUUUGUAAGUAUUUGUCUAGUUCUCAAGUGGUUCUGUUUUGUAAGUAUUUGUCUAGUUCUCAAAUGGUUCUGUUUUGUAAGUAUCUGUCUAGUUCUCAAAUGGUUCUGUUUUGUAAGUGUCAUUAUGGGUCUGAUUUCUUGUUUAAAGAGAAAAACAACACACUAAAAAAAAGCAAAACAGGUUGUUACAUAUUUCAA